AUGACCCAUCUGGAGGAUGAUGUAGUAUCCCUGAUGAGAAAGAGAGUGAUUGAUAUGGCUGGCACUCUAGGGGAAACAGUGAAUGUUGAGUUGAAUGGCAAGAUGGUGCCUGUAAAGAACUUCUCAAACUAUGUGAACUGGAUUUGUGAGAAAGUAAAUGAUCAGUGGGAGGUGUGCGUGAGUCUAAGUGAAGGGCAGUUCCAGCAGGUCAGCUUCGUAAAUGGAAUUGCAACCACAGGAGGUGGAAGUCAUGUUGAUUAUGUCACAAAUCAGAUUGCCACCUAUGUGAUAAAGAUCUUGAAUAUGAAAAUGAAAAAUGUGGAUGUGGAUGUGCAUAACGUAAAGAACCAUUUAUGGGUAUUUGUUAAUGUGCUAUUUGAAAACCCUGCUUUCGACUCACAGACCAAGGACACUUUAACCACAGAUCCACAAAGCUUUGGGUCGAAAUGUGAGUUUUCUGAUGUUUUCUUGAAAAAAGUUGUUAACUCAGGUGUUAUCCGAAACAUGCUCAUAGAGAAGAUUGGUGGAAGAUGA